CCGGACAUGCGUCGCAUCAUAGUCCAGGCAGGAAGAACGAGCUCUACACACAGCUAGAUUAGCCAUGGCGAAGCGCUGGUGCCUUCGCUUCGCCGCGCUCCUGGCGGCGCUCCUCCCGGCCGCCGCCUGCCUCGACUUCGGCUUCUACGACAGGACGUGCCCCUCCGCCGAGGCCAUCGUGCAGCAGACCGUCGCCGCCGCGUUCAGGAACGACUCGGGCGUCGCUCCGGCGCUGAUCCGCAUGCACUUCCACGACUGCUUUGUCAGAGGCUGCGACGGCUCGGUUCUGAUCGACUCGACAACGAAUCCGAACAACACGGCGGAGAAGGACGCGGCGCCCAACAACCCGAGCCUCCGGUUCUUCGACGUGAUCGACCGCGCCAAGGCGGCCCUGGAGGCGCAGUGCCCCGGCGUGGUCUCCUGCGCCGACAUCCUGGCCUUCGCGGCCCGGGACAGCGUCGCGCUCGCCGGCGGCCUCGGCUACCAGCUGCCGGCCGGACGCCGCGACGGCCGGAUAUCCCGCGACACGGACGCGCUCAACGACCUGCCCCCAUCGUUCUUCAACGCCACCCAGCUGGCAGACAGCUUCGCCUCCAAGAACCUCACCGUCGAGGACCUGGUCGUCCUCUCCGGCGCCCACUCCAUAGGCGUCUCGCACUGCAGCAGCUUCGCCGGUGUCCCCGACAACCCCGCCGACCGGCUCUACAACUUCAGCUCACCUGACAAGAUUGAUCCGGCACUGAGCAAGGCCUACGCAUUUCUGCUCAAGAGCAUCUGCCCCUCCAACAGCAGCCAGUUCUUUCCGACGACGACUACGCUCAUGGACCUCAUCACGCCCACCAAGCUCGACAACAAGUACUACGUCGGCCUGAGCAACAACCUGGGCCUCUUUAUAUCGGACGCGGCGCUGCUGACCAACGCGACGAUGAAGGCUCUCGUCGACUCCUUCGUGCGCAGCGAGGCGACGUGGAAGGCCAAGUUUGCCAGGUCCAUGCUCAAGAUGGGGCAGAUCGAAGUGCUGACCGGGACGCAGGGAGAGAUCAGGCGCAACUGCAGGGUCAUCAACCCUAGCAACGCCACUGCCACCGCUGCUGGCAGUCAUCAGGUUGUUGCCGGAUCAGGUUCUUCAGGAUUCACCGGUGUGGCUGCAGAGUGAUGUCUAUUGUGAAUUUGUGACACUGCAAUAAGUAAUGAGCACAGUAGCCUUGGUAGCUUGCUUGUUACAGGGACAGGGAGAAACACGGCGUGAUUACUCCUGUAGCUUGUUGUAAGUUACAUUGGUGUUCAUUUGUGCAUGUAGAUUGAUUGUGAGGAAGAAGUGGAAUCUGUGCGUCUGUGCCAAAGAUUGUUGUCCUAUGCUAAUAUGUAUGCUCAUCUGAUUGGUGAAAUGGAAAGUUGAUUUGUUCAUGCA